AUGGCCGCCAACUUUCAUAUUCACCCGCCUGGACCCAGAAAACAGCGUAUUUUUCGACUCCACACGAAAUUAGAAGAAAGUUUCCAUAAUCAGUUAAAAACAGUUUACUUUGAAGGGAAAAGAAACCGUAGAAUAGAUGUCCUUUUAGAAACAUUACUUCAGAUUGAGAACAACUUCAUAAAUCUUAAUGAUCCCGAAGGUCUACCUUCCUGGUAUAUGAUUCCUCCAUCACUUUAUGGUAGGAGGAUAACAGUUGUCAGAAGUGAUGGGGAAAAACAAAGUUUAAAUUCACAGGUGGACAACACCAUACAAAUCAGAAAAGAGAACUAUAUAAUUUCAUAA